AUGCCGAGGCUGUGGCCGUGGGUGCUGCUUGGGCUCGUCGCCCUCGAAGGCGCGCGCGGGAGGAAGAGGUUUCGGCCGCUGACUUACCCCGGAAUUACCAACAAGACCUUUAUCGGUCAGUACGUCGACAUCCACAAUAGGCUUCGCUCCGAAGUGCAGCCCCAGGCCGCCGACAUGCUUUACAUGGUGUGUGUGCCCGGAAUGCGGCCGGGGGGGGCGGGCGGGGGAAGGCGCUCGAAGGGGAGCUCGCCGCUCGCUCCGCCGCCCUUUCCUCAGGUGCGGAGGAAGGGAAAGCGAGGCAAGCGCUGCUCCGCGUUGCCCACCGCUUUUUAAAAUGCGAAAGUCAAAGGCGGGGUGGGGGGGUAACCAAGUCUGCUCUUGCGGGGCUUCAUUGAACCCGUCUGAAGCGGCUGCUGUGCCUAAUUCGCAGGCUGUUGCGGAUUUCGGGAUUUCGCUGCGGGUAUGUUUUCACUACAGUAGGAAGGUACUGGCGUGCUGAGGCCCCCGAACUUCGUGAGAGCGAGCUGUGAGGUAACUCAAGGGCCGCAGCCUUCUGUUGUUCAUAUGCAUUUGCAUUUUCCAGGGCUUAGUCCUGGCACGAAAAACAUCAGCGUUAAAACCUAUUAGACAAAUGCGCUGGCCUAGGCAGGUCCACAAAAUGGAAGAUAGCAGGGUCCCCAUAGACGUGCUCUGCGGGGAGCUGGCUUCUGGCAGCAGGCCACUUGGCAGACCAUCUCUGAGCUACAAAGAUGGCUGCAAAGGUGACAUGAAGGCCGGAAGCAUCGACCUUGCCAUGAGGGAAUCCCUUGCAGACGACUACAGUGCCUGGACACAGGCAGCCUAAGUCAUGUAUCCAUAGUAAGGGAGAGAAAUGACCGCUGGGAGGAGCGGAGAGAGAAGAAACUCUGUGGUGUAUCUCCAGCACAACUGGACGCCUUCAUCUGCCCCAGCUGCAACAAAACAUGUCUCUCCCGCAUCAGACGCUGCAAUCUUGCAAGAGUUUGACCUCGCCCGCAAAAGCUCACUUCUCCAUAGUCUCCUGAGACAGAUGGAUGCCAACCAGUUAAGCCCAGACUGAUGUUUGACACACUUUUAAUAGCGAAGCUGAGCCAAGAAUGGCACCUUCUGUGGGAUAGCUAUAUUGGCAAACAGUAACAAAUCACACCCAAGUUACACUGGGUGAAAGUCUGCCUCUGCUGCAUUCAGGAAAAACAUGCCUCCAUACCUAUGUAAAUCUGCACCUUUGUACAACAUUUUAUGGGUGUUUAGAAUUAUAGAAUUGUAGAGUUGGAAUGGACCCAAAGGGUCAGCUACUCCAAACCCCUGCAAUCUAGGAACCAGCUUAUGUCCUGCAGGACCUUCAAAUGCAACUACUGUACAAAUAUUCACCUUCCAUUUAUGAUAAAAGAGAAAAUAGGUAUUAUUUGCUGAGAAUAGAUUACACUUCAGUUGCUUUGGCAAUCUGAAAACACACACAAAGGAAAUAACAGAGGUAGGAGAGAGAAAUACAGUAGAGGCAGCUGUAAGUGUAAAGUAUAUUAGUUCAGUAAUAUGUGUAUUUAGACUUGCCUGUAACGGUAGGAUAUUGGAACUAGGGAGUUGUUUCAAAAGCUAAAAAGGCUAUUCAAAAUGUAUAUCUUGCCAUUCCGCUAAAUGGCUACAAUAUGGCUACAAAUCUGUUCCAUACAGUAAAAUCACAGCAAACCAAAAUUCAUCAAAUAGUAAAAAUACAAUAAAAAAUGCAUUAAAUUUAGAAUGAAAAAGUAGCAGACAACCUCCUAAUUAUUUUGUCCUCUGCUUGUUUAUUUUAAAGCAUUUAUGAAUCACUUUAAUAUUUUAAGCUCUUCCAACUGUAUACAGAAAUACGACAUAAAAACAAUAUCAUAAAAACAGUAAUUCAGUAGUAACAGGAUGCAAGAUUACACUUUGUAUAUGAUGGCAGAAGGAAAGACAUUCCAGAGAGUGUAAAGGCAAUGAUGGAAAAUGUCUGCUCUUGGGUCACCACCUUGUUAAAGUCUGUUGGGUGCGUUGCCAAGAAUAAUAUUUCCCCAGAUCAUCUAAGUGAACUUACAGGUCAUACACAGUACAGUGGUACCUCUGGUUAAGAACUUAAUUCAUUCCGGAGGUCCAUUCUUAACCUGAAACUGUUCUUAACCUGAAGCACCACUUUAGCUAAUGGGGCCUGCUGUGCUGCCACUGCACAAUUUCUGUUCUCAUCCUGAAGCAAAGUUCUUAACCCGAGGUUCUGUUUCUGGGUUAGAGGAAUCUGUAACCUGAAGCGUCUGUAACCCGAGAUACCACCAUAAUCUUUAAGGGAACUUGGCCCAAAGCUGUUCAGGAUUUAACUUAAAUGUUAGUAACAAGAUCUUGAAAAUAGCCGAGUAGUUCUCAGCUGCCACUACUGUUCUAGGGACUAGGCAGGUAUCCUGGUUCUAGACAGUUUAGGGCUUUUGAAAUUCUGUAUCUUUUAGGCAUUUCGAAACAGGUAAUAUCUAUUUAUAAACAUCUAUUACUUUGAAGCAAGCCACUUUCAGAACUCCUGUCAGUGGAAUAAUCUCUAGGGUCUGGACCAGGCUUCCUCAUACUCGGCCCUCCAGAUGUUUUUAGCCUACAACUCCCACAAUCCCUAGCUAGCAGGACUGUGGGAGUCAUAAAGCCACGGCAAAGGCUUGUAAUAUUGCAGGGUGCCCCCUGACCUCGGCUGACCAGCACUCUGAGCUUUACAAUGUAUUGGAAUGUAUUGACCUUAAAUGGAGUUGUGUUUCCUCUGGGCAGUGAUGACCCUAUAUGGUGAUGGGUGUAAUAAAAGCCUUGACCGGAUGAGGUAACGUGAGACAUUGGCAAACGGCCAUGUGGCUGGAGAGAGACAAAGGAUAAUAAAAAAGCUACGGGAGGAGAGAGAAGUUCGAAAGGAGCUGCUCAUACCAUCCUGAAAAUAUUGCUGGCUCUCUGUGUCUUUAUUUUAUGCUAAACUGCGCCACUUGUAACGGCUGGCUCCGACACAGGACCAGUGGUCAGGGAUGAUGGGAAUUGUAGUCUCAAACCAUCUGGAGGGCCAAGUUUGAGGAAGCCUGGUCUAGACUGCUUCCUUUACUACUGCCUUUGGAGCAAUGUACUCAAGGUGAUUUACAGUUUAGAACAGAGCAUUAAAUCUAAUAGUUGUGAUUCAAAAAGCGGGGGGGGGGGGGAAUGGAGAAGGAAUAAGAAAAUAAGCAGAUUCAAAUAUUAAUUCUUGCAUAAUGUUACAUAAUAUUCUAAUAACACUGUAUAGUUAAUACAAGAAGGAGUUGCCAGUUGUUUCAGGCCUUUCAACUGUCCUUAGAGAAACCUGUCUGGUCUCAUCACUUUUUACAUUUUGCUAGCUUGUUGAGGCUGCAGUUCUAAACCCACUUACCUGGGAGUUGGUUGGCAUCCAUUUGGGAUAUAAUGCCUUCCAUUGUAGGAUAUACAGUGGUACCUCCUGUUAUGAACUUAAUUCGUUCUGGAGAUCCAUUCAUAACCAGAAACCAUUCUUAUCCUGAGGCAUGCUUUCACGAAUGGGGCUUCUGCUGUGCGUGCGCCUCUGGCGUGCGAUUUCCACUUGCAUCCCAGGGCAAAGUUUGCUUAUGGGAGCAGCUACUUCUGGGUUAGCAGAGCUCGUAACCUAAAGAGUUUGCAAGGAGGACAGUUUGCAACCAGAGGUAUUACUGUACUUCUGAGUAGAUUAUGCUGAAGAACAGAGUUUUUCCAGGAAGGCUGGCUGAGACCUCCUACUGUUCUUUUUAGUAAUUUUUCUGCUGCUUUGUUUUAUUUUUCAUUGUGUUAUUUUUAUUGAUGAUUGUUUUAAGCCUCUAGUGUUAGACAAUUUGGGAUAAGUGGGAUGUACAUUUUUGAAAGAAAAAACCUUAAUACUAUACUUUCAUCUUUAAAAGUUAAGCUCCUGAAAAUUUAACUCUCAUGUAGUGCAGCUCUAGUUAGCAAAUCCCAUUGGGGCUUUGGCUGUUAGGCCUCUCUUCAAGCAAUGAUAAUUAUCUGAUCAUCAGAGCUUCAGAGUGCCUUGUAAAGAGCUUUGUAGGUCCUGCUGAUCAGUGGUAAGUACAAAUGGUUUUUGGGUUCAGGUGCAACUCUCCCUGCCUGAACCCAAAUGCCAUAAAUGAGCAUGGCUUAGCUGGUUUUGGCUGAUCAAAUGGGGAGGCCUGGAGGACCUCAGUAACCCUGUCCUAAAUUAAUAUGCAUAAGUGCUUGAGUUGCUAUGAUACUGUUGACUAGAUAAUGCCAAGUUUCAGGAUGAAACCAACUUAGGCUGCAAUCUAUACCUACUUGUCUUGGCAUAUGCCCCAUUGAACUCAACAGGACUUACUUCUGAGGAUAUUAUGUACAGUAUAAGAUUGUUCUGCUUUAAGUGCUUGAUCCAAAUAAAUAUUUGCAUAAUGUUUGCAGUUCUGUUGAAAUGUGGAUGUGGAAACCUAGCCAGAUGGGUGGGGCAUAAUAAUAAUAAUAAAUUUAUAGUCACUAGUAGGAGUUAGCUAAUGAAAAUGUGAUUUUAAAAAUGCAUUAUAUAUUUCUUGUAUCCUGCAGACAUGGGAUCUAGCUUUAGCUAGAACUGCUAGAGCAUGGGGACAAAAAUGUAUUUUUCAACAUAACCAUUUUAUGAAGGAAAACGGAGCUGGCCAUCCUGAUCCUAAACUUCAUCCAGUGGGAGAAAAUAUAUGGUUUGGACCUGCCCGCAGAGUGCCAUUUAAUUCUUCUAAUGCCAUCUAUUCAUGGUACUCGGGUAAAGAUUUCUAUGAUUACCAGGACAAUUCGUGUUCACAAGUAUGCAGACAUUAUAAACAGGUAACUUCUGUUCUCAGUUAAGAUAAUCUUAAAACAUCAAGAAACAUUUAUCACUUAAGACGGCAAGUACAUGAAGUGAUUGUUAUAAUGGUGCUAUAUCAUACUUUUUAGAGUAAUCUGAAGGCUAUCACAUUUAGUUAUAAAUAUCCAUUUAGUUAUAAAUGACAUUGGAUAUUGAAUUUAUAACUAAUGUCAUGAUGUCAGGAUCCCAAUACCUCAGGGAUCACCUCUCCCCAUAUGAAUCAACCAGGACCCUGUGAUCAUCAUCUGAAGCUCUUCUUCAUGUGCCUCCUCCGCAAGAGGUCUGGAGGGUGGCAUCAUAUGAUCAGGCCUUUUCUGCAUUGGUUCCCAAUUAAUGGAAUGCUCUUUCCAGGGAAGCUCGGCUGGCGCCUUCUUUGCAUAUCUUUAGGCACCAGGCAAAAAUGUUUCUCUAUAACCAGGCCUUCAGCUGAUUGAUACUCUAUGGCCUUUUAAAUGUGUUUGUGGGAGUUGGGGUUUGUUCUGGUUUUGGUUUUAUGGUGUAUUUUGUGUUCUCAUUUUGUAUUUUUAUCUUGUGAACCACCCUGUUAUCUUCGGAUGAAGGGCAGUACACAAAUUUAAAUCAUCAACAUCAUCAUCCAAAGAAGCACUACCUGAAGAGAAGAGGUAGAACGGGACUUUCCCAUCCCUUUUGCACCUAAGCCACCUGAAAAACCUCUACCGAAGUGGGUCGAGAAAUCCUAUUGAAUGGAGUGGACUGUGGCACAGGGGAAGAGGAGAUUACUAAAAAUCAGGCACCUUCCAAGAGAGAAAUUCUCAUUCACAGAAUAUUUCUCUGCCUGGUUUUCAGCACCUUGUCUACUAGAGCCCCUUUCAGUUCCCCAUGUCAUAGCCCACCCUACUCAGUAGGGUCCCCCAACCCCUCCAAAGAGGCUUUGAGGAAAUUGCGACCUGGUGAUGAUUGUUGCUGGGAGAAAGACUGGUGGAAAUCACCUUGUCCUGGCUCUAGUCUGCUUCCAAGUCAUAGAAUGGUAGAAAUUAAUGUAGAGAUCAUUUCUAAAAUUUCUGAAUAUAUUUUUGUCAACUUCAGUUUUAAUGAGAUUAUAUAAUUUUAAUGAAAUUAUAUAAUUUUAAUGAGAUUAUAUAAAUUGCAAGAAUUAUAGCUUUCAUCAAAGUAUAUAAAUUGGAAGAUGUAUAGUUCAGGAUGCUGGAAGCUCCUUGAAAUAUCUGUAAAAACUUGGGAUCUUCCCCUUUCCAAGCCCCAUGGACACCCAAGUAAGUUAUUUAUUUAUUUAUUCAUUCAUUCAUUCAUUCAUUCAUUCAUGAAGCUUUUGUACCACUUUUCUUUUGGAAUACACAAAGCAGCAUACAAUAUUAAAACAAAUAAUAAAACAACAUCAAGCGGCAGCAAAGGACCCUUGCUUACAGGAGAUAUAGGAUAGCUACACGUGGAGUCACUGUGCUGUGUCAGUACCUGCCUUCGAUGCAGCAAUGUGGUGGCUUGGAUCCGUACCUGAUUUGUGUAUUGGAAGGAUUAGUUUGCUUUAAUCACUCAGGCUUUGCACCUGCAAGGCAUGAAUGAUGAUUGAAGGUUAGCCCUGUAUAUCCUAAAAUGCUCUCUCAUCCCUUAUAUACCCAACCAAUCACUGCACUCUGCAGGAGAGGGCUUUAUGUACAGUGGUGCCUCGCAAGACAAAAUUAAUCCGUUCCACGAGAGUCUUCGUCUAGCGGUUUUUUUGUCUUGCGAAGCAAGCCCAUUGACGGAUUAGCGCUAUUAGCGCUAUUAGCGGUUUAGCGGCUAUUAAAGGCUUAAAGGCUUAGGGGAUUAGCUGCUAAAAGGCUAUUAAAGGCUUAGCAGAUUAGAUAAAGGGGGGGGGAGCGAAAAAAAAAUCUCAAGACUCGCAAGAUAUUUUCGUCUUGCGAAGCAAGCCCAUAGGGGAAUUCGUCCUGCGAAGCAACUUCAAAACGGAAAACCCUUUCGUCUAGCGGUAUUUCCGUCUUGCGAGGCAUUCGUCUUGCGGGGCACCACUGUAUAUGCCGCCUCAUGAGGAGAUCCACUCCAUAUGAUGUAGGAAUUGGGCCUUUAGUGUGGUGUCACCUAUCCAUUGGAACUUCCUUCUGCUGCAUAUGAGACGUGCCAUUUCUAUUAUCUUUUCUGAAUCCAUGCUGCACAAAUAUUCAAGGUUUGGUUUGGCCAGCACUCUGUACAAGUUGGAUCCACUUGUGAAUGGUAAUGUACAUUCUUGCAAACAGAACAGAAGAAGCAAAGCUUGGUUUAAGCUUGCUGCUUUCAAGCAAUACACAUGGGAUGGAGAGGAACGCAUAAUUAUGCACCUGCACCGUUCGCCACUUCUGAGAAGCAUAUACUUUCAUUUGGUCAUUAAUCAGCCUCCUUCUGAAUAAAAUGGUCCAUCAUUUUUUAAAUCAUCUUAUCAUUAACAUUUAGUACAAGUCAGUUACCUCUGGUCACCUGAGCACCUUGUUUUGAUUGGCUCAAGGCACUCCUGAGACCUCCCAGUCAGGCAGAAACCUGUUCUCUCUGCUGUAACUCAGUACCUGUGCCUAUUGGCAUGCCAUAUCUAUUCUGUCUUGCUUCAUCUUCAGUCUUAAUCCUUUGUCUCUUAGGAACCCUCUCUCUUCAGGAAACCUAGUCUUUAAAAUACCAUUUCGUUCAGUCUUCCCUAUGGAGGCUGCUCCACAAUCCUUGGCACCCAAACUUCUCCCUGAAAACAGAAAUGUCCAGUUGUAGCUAUUUUCUGCCUUAUAUCCUCUUCACUGUACCCUUUCAUCUUAUCUGUGUUUUGUUGUUUUAUUUGUCGUGGUUACUGCCUCUUGAGGUGGAGAGAAGAAUCUUUUUCAACCUAAGGCCCACAUUCUGGAUGCUACAUACUACACACCAGUGCUGGGUGGGACCAGAGGCAAAAAUGGGCAGAGCAAAGGCUAUGAAUUUAACCUUCAUACAAUAAACCACAUUCCAGCCACACAAACGCCAGAGAUUUGUGAACUCCCAUAUCUCCGCCCUCAGUCGUGGCAAGCAAGAGACAUUAUCAAAGUUCACAAACACAUUUCAGCCUGGCAAAAGCACUAGAGGAGGGAGCGGAGCAGGGUUUAGUGGUGUGGCCUAGGGAGAGAGGAUGUGGCAUGUGGAGGGCCCUUCUGUAAAUCUUGAUAUCCUUCUGUCUUUUUGUUUUGUUUUUAGUUUUGCCCAAAGCUGUUGAGCUUUUUUUGUAAGAUCUAGAAGAGGAAGUAGUUUCUGAGCUAUUUUUAAGGAAAUUCGCCAAAAUCUACACUUCCAACAUGUGUUGCCAUAUGUCCGGAUUUUCCCAAACAUUAAAGCGAUUUCCACCCAGACACUGUUUCCGAUGGCUGAAUCCCGGCAGUGUCCGGGAAAUUCUGAAUGUAUGACGACCCUAGCCUGUAUAAUAGAAGUAUAAUCUGUUGGUCAAGGGAAUGUGGAUUUAGAUGCUCUGUGUAUAAUCUUGUGAUAACUAACAAUAUUUUUCAUGGGUGUAGCCAGGAUUUUUGGUUUUUUUUGGGGGGGAGGGGGGCAGAACUGACAUGAUUGGUCAAUUAGUUAAGUAUUUCUAUUGUUUUACUUGAAGGGGGAGCAGCUGUCCACCCCCACCCCCCUUGGUUAGGCCCAUGAUCUUUUUAUCCUGUAAUUUUUGUUCAAGCCACAACACAGUAUUACUUAUUGACUGCAAUUUUGGCAGUGUAAAUAAAUAAAUAUUACUCUGUAUUAACCCAAAUUGGGAAUUGGCUGUUUUUGCUAAUUCCACCAAAUAAUUAAGUGAGUGGAAAUACCAUGUAGCAGCCUCUGUGGCAGGUAACAAUCCCUAGAUUGAAGAUCAUCAAUAAUACAUACACCUGUGUAGGCAGAUCCCGUAUGUAAAUUUUAGGGGACACAGAUAGGCUGAUAAGGUUCAGCUGGUGAAGGCUGAUCCAUUGCAGGAUGUUGCUGUAGCCUAAGAGAAGUUCCUUUCCACCAGCGAAGGCACUUCUGCCACAUCCUGACCCCAAAGACGAAAACCAUUCACAGUUCUUUGUUCUGAAAACUAGAGGAUUUGUACUAAAUCUCUAAAGCCUAAAUAUCUGGACUUGGUAACUAUUAACACAAAUUGUACCUUUCUUUGUAAAAUAAAAUCUGCUUCCCCCCCCCCUCCAGGUUGUUCGGGCUUCUACUUAUAAGGUUGGCUGUGCUGUUGUUUUCUGUCGUAGACUUGAUCGACAUAGAAAUACUGAAUAUUUCGUUUGCAAUUAUGGUCCGACGUAAGUUAACAAAUGUUUAAGAGAAUAAGAGAUAAACCCAGCCAGUGACCUAAUUUUAGGUGAUUUUUUCAUUGACCGUGCACAAAGUGGCUGUGUAAAUUUUCUAAGGCUUUGGUAUUUUAUUUAGCUUAAGUACUGUAAAUAUUUAAGGAGGGAGUCGUAUGAAUAGAUAGCUGAGUAUAAGUUUUAUUGGACCUAAUAGGGCUCACUUCUUCAUAGACAUGUAUAGGAUUUGGCUGUAAGUGUCCAAUUUUUUUUCAUAAAGGAGUCCUGGUAGAUAUUAAGCAAAUAAGUGUUUCUGGAGUACAUAGAAUUAAAUGUACAUGUUAUUUGUCUUGCACUUAAUUCAAAUUUAAUUUUAAAUCGGUGAUGGCUUCUUAAAAGAAUCGCACUCCAAAAGAAGAAGAAGAAGAAGAGGCUCAGAAGUUCACAUUGCAGACCCCUCACAUAAGCAAUUACUCAUAGGGGUUGAAGUUCAUGUAGUCAUUACUGAACUGAUCAAGGUUGCAGUGCAGUGGUUGGCCUCUUUGCUGUAACUUUAAAGGUCACAUUUGGCAGUCCUAAAUAUUCUCUUCACAGAUUUAUUAAUUGUGUAUAUAUCACAGUCUAUAUCUAAUCCACAGCAUAGGACUGUUCAACUAUUCUAACUCAGGAAAAUCCAUUGUAUAACCUAAUUUUUUUUAGUCGAUGCCUCAACGCAUAGGCAGUUUAUUUGUUACAACUAAAUAAUUAACCGUAUUUUUCGCUCUAUAAGACGCACCAGACCACAAGACGCACCUAGUUUUUGGAGGAGGAAAACGAAAAAAAAUAUUCUGAAUCUCAGAAGCCAGAACAGCAAGAGGGAUUGCUGCGCAGUGAAAGCAGCAAUCCCUCUUGCUGUUCUGGCUUCUGGGAUAGCUGCGCAGCCUGCAUUCGCUCCAUAAGACGCACACACAUUUCCCCUUACUUUUUAGGAGGGAAAAAGUCUUAUAGAGCAAAAAAUACGGUAUAUUCAGAAUAGCUUGUCCUUUAGUCUUCAGUUUAGCUUGUGAAUUGAGUACCUUAUUACAUUCUGGAAAUUAUGCUCCUUAGUGACACCUACCCUUCAAGACCUUACAAAACAGGACAGCCCUGUAGUGCAUGCCCAGAAGGAGACACUUGUCAAGACCAUCUCUGUAGUAAGUACAGAUCUGAGUAAAAUGAACAUUCAUGAAAGGCUUUCUCACGCACAUAUGUAUAUAUUUCUAUUAACUUUAAAGCAAUACGAGUGUAUAUGUAUGUAUAUGCAUGUGUCUAUGUGUGUGUAUGCACACACAUAUAUUUCUGUUAAGUUCAAGUCAUGGAACUUAGAGCAAGGCAGGUUUGGUUGUCAAAGCAAACAAUCUGCAAGACCUGGAAGGAAACCCGAUCUUUUAAAUACAUUGUAGUAAAUGGCUGCAAUUUCACAACACUGUGAAAAAGUAAAGUGCUGCACUAUUCCAAUGGGAAGAAAGCCUGCCUCCCAAUCUAAUACUGUAUGUCUUAGAUUCUGCUAGGAAGAACUCAAAGGGGGGGGGGAUUCCCACUCCCUUCCCCCAAAAAAUCCAUGUAUUUUUACACCUCAUAUCAUAAUGAUAGAAUUGUGCUACACAAUUGUACAAAAUCCAGCUUCAAGGUUCCAACAAUUUUACAUCCUUGUCUACAGUAGUGUGACAAUGGUGUCAGACAAUGCAGUCACAGGCAUUGCACUACCACAGAUUUGCUUACACAACUCAUAAUCUAUGGAGAUGCUUUCAGGCUGUAUCCUGACUUCUUUGUUAAUUCGUGCCUAAUUAAAGUUCAAGAGUUUGGAGAUGAGUUGAUUUUUACCAAAUACCGUACUUUUCGCCCUAUAGGGCGCACUGACCCAUAGGGCGCACUUAUUUGGGGGGGGGGGAUAAAGGAAAAAAAAAUUCCCCCCCGAGCCCCGAAGAGCAAAGAAGCCAUGACAGCGAGUGGGACCUCGCCAUCGCUUGCGCAACCUCGCCAUCGCUUGCGGGGCUGGGGGCGGGGGAAGCCUGAGCUUCCCCAGCCCCCAGAACAGGUCCGGGAGCGAAGGCGAGGUUGCGCAACCUCGCCAUUGCUCCCAGAGCUUGCGGGGCUGGGGGCGGGGGAAGCCCAAGUUUCCCCAGAACGGGUCCGAGAGCGAUGGCGAGGUUGCGCGCAACCUCGCCAUUGCUCCCGGAGCUUGCCGGGCUGGGGGGAUAGCUUCCUGAAGCCUGGAGAGGGAGAGGGGUUGGUGCGCACCGACCCCUCUCGCUCUCCAGGCUUCAGCGAAAGCCUGCAUUCGCCCCAUAGGACGCACACACAUUUCCCCUUCAUUUUUGGAGGGGAAAAAGUGUGUCCUAUAGGGGGGAAAAUACGGUAAAUGAUUGUGUCAUACACUGAUGAUUGCACAUUCUGGAUGCUGAAAUUCUGUAGAAAUGCUAUGAGUUACCUGCCGCGCUCUGACUGAAAACAAGUAAAACCUAUUGAUAAUAUAUUAAUAUUGUGAAACAGGUUUCUCCACUAGUUAUAAUGCUACUUUUCUCCUUGUGCAGGAAAUUCAAGUCGUGACAAAAUAUACAUCAAGCGUAUGUAUUACAAUUAAAUUAUAUAGCUCAGGUUUACAUUUAAAAUGACAUUCUUGCCUAGUAAAAAUAUGUUUGUUUGUUUUAAAUAGGCUAUUCACGAUGGUAUCCUCCAUGGGAACACAAGCUUAUAUGUGAUGACUCCUGUAUUGUACUUGUAGUUUUAAGGCCAUUACUAACACUUCUAGCAUUUGUUACUGUUUACUGUUUACAGAAAUGUUAUCCAGAUUUAAUGCUGCAAACAGAAACUGUAUGA